UAGUUUGGACAGUGGCUCGUGGAAGACACAAGCUGAAUGCGCGUGCUUGCCUUUCUUCCCUUCCCACUCAAAAUAAACAACAACACUUCAAUUGUGAACCACUUUACCGGAAUGCAACACAUGAUCAAUCAAUGGAAACCACCGCCGCCGCCGCUAAACACCUCCAAAACUCCAUCCCUUACGGCGGAAGAUUCACCUCCUCUGCCCAUCACCAAUCAGAGAGGAGUGAGAUGGUGGAAGUUGGAGAUCCGACUGUUGUUGCUAGAAAAGUUCAGAAGGCUGACCGUGAGAAAAUCAGGAGAGAUCGCUUGAAUGAUCAUUUUCAUCAAUUGGGUACCGUCAUAGAUCCUGAUAGACCACGGAAUGACAAGGCAACCAUCAUCACUGAGACAAUCCAAGUGCUAAAGGACAUAACAUCUGAAGUUGAUAGACUGAAAACAGAGCACAAAUCCCUUUCUGAAGAGUCACGUGAACUAAUACAAGAAAAGACUGAACUCCGAGAAGAGAAAGCGUCUUUAAAAUCCGAUAUAGAAAAUCUUAAUUCCCAGUAUCAGCAGAGAGUAGGAGUCAUGCCGCCAUGGACUGCAAUUGACCAUUCUGUUGUCAUGAGUAGCCCUUAUACGUACCCCGUUCCUAUGCCAAUGCCAAUCCCUGCUGGUCCAGUUUCCAUUCACCCACCACCUAUGCAACCUUUUCCUUACUUUGGAAACCAAAAUCCUGGUCAUAUUCCAAGUCUAUCCUCAAUGUAUAUUCCAUUCUCGGCUCCAGCUAUCCCUCCAAUGGAGAUGGCAUCAGCUCAAUAUCCUUCUACAUCCCACGUGUUUAGUCGAAAAGAGUCUCGAAGCAAGUCACUGGGUCACAGAAGAAGACCUAGUGUUGCAGAAAGAUGUAGUGUAUCUCCAGAUGUGGCAACAGAGCUUGAGCUUAAGAUGCCUGGAUCAUCAACACAACAGGAUUGCACAUCUAGAGGAAAAAAGGAAAAGCAUUCGGUGAUGAGUGAUAGAAUCAUCGUAGAUGAGAGUGCUUCGAGCCGGUAUUCUGCAUCUCAGGGACUUCAAGAUAGCUCCAACAGCGUCAGCAACACUCCAAAGGCCGGUUAAUUGACUUUGUAUAUGGAUUCUUGUUCCACUUGACCAUAUGUUAAUUCAGGUCAUUUAAUUUACUAAUACAUAUAGUUGUUUCCAAUUCAUAGUUUUUCCUGGUCUUGGGGUAUAACUUGGCUAUAGGUUCCUAUAAUUUCUACAACAAAAUGAUCAAUAGAACAGUUCUUCCUCUUGCAGCUAAAACUAAAGCUGGGAUCUUGCUGAGUUUCGCCUCUGCAACUUGGGUAGCUCAAUGAUGGUUCUUUGUCUAGAUGUAUGCAUCAUAACCCUCAUGUGUAGGUUACAUACCACAUAUAUAACUAAUUUUUGAGCCAUUUGAAUGCUUAAGAAUCUCCCAGACAGUGUAAAUAUAGAUUAGCAUGUCAUAUUGUAGAUUGUCAAGUUAAUUGAUGCAAUACUAUGUGAAUUUUCGAUGUGACUUUUCUGCCUAUUUUCAUCAUCUUUUGGGAUUUGGACCUAUGCUUGCUAUUUAACUGUUUAAGCACCCCCACAAUCUAAUUGACUGAGUUUCUUUUUUGUA